ACUACUACUACUACUACUACUACUACUACUACUACUACUACUACUACUACUACUACUACGAUGAAGAUCAAUACGAGACUACUUCCAAUAAAAGCACACUACUUCCUCGUGUUUGCAGGUACGGCCCCCAUGCUGCCCUUCCUGCCAGUGUACAUCCGCCAGCAGGGCAUAUCACCAAGUGGCAUAGGCCUAAUCUACACCAUUCUGCCGUUUUUAGGCUUAAUUAGCAAAGGCCUAUGUGGAUUCCUCUCCGAUUGGCUGAGAAUUCACCGCACUGUCUUUCUCUCUCCAUUGUUGUGUGCGGCCUGGGCUUCUUCAGCAUUUAUUUCUGCCCCCCCCUGCCGAGAGAGAGUGACCCCAAACUGGCUGACCUCAAUGUGACCUGUAGUGACCUUGGGAGUGACCUCAGCUUCUGUGACCCGACCCAGCGCUGCACCAGAGACGACUUUCUGGCCUCCCUCAGUGCUGACCUCUCCGUGACCUGCCAACUACAAUGCCAACAACAAGAGAGAGAGCGAGAGGGCGGACCAUCAACCACCAUCACCACCAAGCAGCAAGAGGACUGUGCAUUGUGGGACAUUGAACAGUGCCCGGACCACCUGAACCUGUCUAUUGUGGCUAAUAUAGGGCAGUUCUCCAGGGUCCGCCACUGUACCACCUUUCCUGCGGCUAAUCUCUCAGUGGAGGGCAUGGAGGUACAAGAUUUGACCUGCACUAACACCACCACCACCACCACCACCGUGACCCCAGUCCUGACCUGCCGAGGGACCUGUGAUGACCCGGGGCUUAUGACCUUCCUAGGGGCUCCUCCCACAAAGCAGGCCAAGGGUUACGAGGAGGUGACCAAACACACAUCCUUCUGGCUACACCUUCUCUGCAUGGUGGUGGCCUGGAGUGGUCUGGCCGUGUGUGUCGUCAUGUCAGACACGAUAUGCUUCCAGCUGCUAGGGGCAGAGGGGGAGCGUUACGGCCAGCAGCGUUUGUUUGGUUCGCUGGGUUGGGGUACGCUUGUUGUCAUUACCGGAGCUCUGAUUGAUUAUGCCUCGCUUGGACAAACGGAGAAGGAUUACACCCCUGCGUUUGUUCUCUCGCUUGCCAUCCUCUUCAUCGACCUCCUCGCCGCCACACGACUCCAGGUUGAGGGGCGAGAGAAGGCUGUGGCAGCAAACGUAGGGACAGUAGUACGUUUGGUCUGCGAGCCUCGAAUUGUGCUGUUUAUCCUCUGCUGUGUGGUGGUGGGGGUGUCUACUGGCAUACUGUGGACUUACCAGCUGAUGCUGGUGGAGGAUGUCGCGUUUGGAUGGGACUGCCAUUUCCCGCACCUCAAACUCCUUCAGGGGCUUGUGAUGGGGGUCCAGUGUUUUGGUGGCGAGCUUCCGUUUUUUUUCAUCUCUGGCUUCUUCAUACGGACGCUUGGACACGCAAACGCCAUGUCCCUGGUGGUGGCGGUGUUUGGCCUUCGCUAUGUCCUUUACUACGCCAUCUCCAACCCCUGGGUGUUCCUGCCAGUGGAGCUUCUAAACGGAUUUACGUUUGGAAUUUUCUAUGCCACUAUGACGUCUUAUGCAAGUCAAGUGGCUCCCCCAGGCAUGCAGGCCACUCUGCAGGGCAUUGUGGGAGCCUCGUUUGAAGGCAUCGGUGUGGCGAUGGGGGGCUUUGUGGGGGGGGCCCUGUUCUUCACUGUCGGGGGGGGACGAACAUUUCUCUAUACCGGAAUCUUCAAUAUUCUCUUUGCUGUACUCCACGUCUGCCUACACCUGCUGCUGCACACCUGCUGGCCCACUGAUGCUGACUCAGGGGCUGGCUCCCCCCCCGGGUACAUCCCCCCCAGUGAGAGUAUGAGGCCAGUAACAGCGACGGAGGAAGAUGUAGAAGAUGGGAUGUAAUUCUCCUCCUCCUCCUCCUCCUCCUCCUCCUCCUCCUCCUCCUCCUCCUCCUCUUCUUCUUCUUCUUCU